AUGCACUCUAUGGGCGAUGUUGGAAAUCAUGGUAACGUUCUGGAAGAUUUCCGAACAUCCGGAUGGUUAGCAAAACGUCCGAGACCACCACUAGACUAUCUGGCGUGUUCGUUUCACAACACACCCUGCCAAUUUACUCACUGCAGCACAUUGCGGCAAGGCGUGUGCCAGGACCCAGGAGACAUUGAUCAAUUGAUGGAGUAUACCCGCGUGCCUUUGACAUUAAGUGAUGAUUCAGAUGAAGAUAUUUUCGUGAAAGAAUAUGCCCGCUAUGGUGAUUUAGAACUGAAUCUACUACCUCCACAAAAUGGCCUGACGUCAACAUCACCACAGCAUCGCAAGCGCAAGAAGAGAAAAUCUCUCUCCACCUGUCAGAUUGUCUCCCUUGUUGUAGGUGUUCUUAUUUUGGUUGUGUCCCUUGGGAUUUUUUUAGCUGUUCAUUCCCAUGCAUCUCAUAUCAGCCAGGAGGUCACAAUAGAAAAUGUCGGAAAUCAUUCCAAGACUGGAAAUCUGUCAAAAAAUUGGAAUAGAAGAUUUGACGGAUUAUUGGAUUCAAUGUCCGAGUCUAACGUAAGACUGUUAGAUGUUGAUGGAGAUGGAUUAGACGAUGUGAUUUUUGCAUCAGCCUCAUCAGACAAUGCUUUAGCCUUCAUGAAGUUGGAUGGAAGUGAAACAAAACUUAAAGAAUUUUGCUUAGGAAAAGGGGAAGAGUAUCCUUGUGUAGGCUACCUGUAUGCCUUACGAGGCUAUGAUGGAGAAGUCCUGUGGAGAGAGAGAGUGUAUUCCUCUGUGACGCUCAUCAAUUGUGCAGACUUUGAUGUGGACAAGGAUGGCUACAAAGACUGUAUUUUGUGUGGUCGUCCUGCUGGUGUUCAGGCUGUUAGUACGCGGACAGGUAAGACAGUAUGGUUUGGUGAUAAAUCUCUGAUGUUUCCAAUGUGGAACACAUUCCAAGUCCUGGCAUUGCCUGAUUUUGAUGGUGAUGGCGUUCCAGAAGUCCUGGUACCUAACGGAGGAGACCCCGAGAAGGAUCCAGAGGACCAUGACCGUGCGGCAGGUCGCCUGUUGAUAUUGUCGGGAGCGACGGGACAGACAAUUGGUCAUCGUUACCUAGAGAUGCCGGACAGUAAAGAAACCUAUUUUAGUCCUGUGAUGUAUACCUGUGAGGAUGGCUCUCAGUACAUCCUGUUCGGAAGUGGUGGGGAGACUGUUCCAGGAGAUUUUAUGAUGAUUUCCCUACCAGAUUUCUACCGCUAUGUUACCGAGAAAGAUGGCAAUGUCCCAGGUGUGCAGGGCCAAUACGACCAGUGGCCAGAUAAGUUAAGGGAUCCGACCACUGGCAUCAUCACAAUCUACAAAGGAACAUUAAAGGGAGUAAUGGUUCCCCCCGUCAUCGUAGAUGUAGACGGAGAUGGAGUGUUUGACAUCAUGGCCUCCGUGUAUGAUGGUAAAAAUAUACUCUACAAUGGAAAGGACCUGAGGAUCAUGUGGUCCGCUGACUUUUCUGGCCAGGAAUCUUACAGUACACCAUCUCCUGGCCAUUUUGAUGAUGAUGGAACUCUGGACUUCAUGACACACUGGAGUAUUGGAGAGUGGCCAGUUUAUAACCAUUCCCAGGCUGUGAUUCUGAGUGGAAAAACAGGAGAGAUAAUCUGGAAGAUUAGUACCAACUGGUACGAGAUGUCCUCCGAUCUGACCGUUCACACCGAGGACCCGCACAGGGACAUGUUCUUGUUCAAAAUAAAGGGACGUGGAGCAAAUGUCCACACAGGCAAAGAUGAGAUUCUGAUACGUAACGAGAAGUUAAAGAAUCCACACCAGCAUGAUGAAAAAAGCCACGUGCAGCGUCGACAUCUUGGGCAUGAAUCCAGAAACAGUACACUAUCAGGUUUAAGUCCCGAAGAUGACUACAGAAAUCACCAUAUCACAUGUGAGGAAAACUCCAACCUCAAGACAGAGCUGUUCCUUAUGGACAGAACGAUUAUUGAUCAGCCAAUCAGAGUCCUGGAAGUACCAGCCCUGCCAUACACAUACACAGUGAAAGGAAAUACAGAUUCCUCAUCAUCAGAAAACCAAACCAUGUGUGUGGUGCUGAUUGUGGAAGAUCGCUCAACAGCUGCCAUGGGAGAUGUUGACGGUGAUGGACAACUGGACAUCGUGUCCAUAACUGGUCUUGUUGGACAACUAGUAGAUGAAGGAUACAGCUAUACAAAGAUGAAGGGGCUUACAAUGGUCAGUAAGGUCAGUGUAGCCCCUCUCCUCGGCGAUACAUCUCAACGGGUCAGCUUCAACCCAGAAUCCAGCUCUAACCAGCAACAGGAGUGGACAGGACGCCUGCUACCCAUGGGGAAACAGAACUGGGCUAGUUAUCUGGGCACCAGGGGCAGCAGUGUCUACAGAGGGCACAGCUGAUCUUCAUCAGGGAUUACCAAUACCCAGGAGCCUCAUGUAAUGAUGAAAUGAAUUCAAAGACACAGGACUAGACUGGGAAAAUCUAAUGCACUACCCAUGACAUUUCUAGAGUUUUCUGUCUUGUCCGAUUUCUCUGGUAGCUUGUGUGUCAAAGUGGCAUCAUGAUAUAGAUGAUGUCAUAUCCAAUUGUUUUUCGGACGCAUAAUAUCCACAAGGGAGGU